AAAUUAAAUAAGGAACAAAAUGCCUUAAACGUCAUAGGUUUCAAUGAAAAAGUGUCUAGCGUCGUAGAAUCGUGUGACGUAACAUUCCAUUCCUUAGACGGUAACUUUACAACGAAUUUGUUCUGUUUUAUUACGCCUACAAUUUGUACUACCAAUAUCGAAAUACCAAACGUGCAACGUUGGCACAUUCCGUCGCGUUAUAAGUUAGCUGAUGACGAGUUUAACUUAGCUCAAGAUGUAGAUUUGCUUAUCGGUGGGGAGAUAUUCUUCGAUUUACUACUUACCGGUAAAUAUUCGCUCGGGCCCGGAUUACCGGUUCUGAGGCGCUCGCGACUGGGAUGGUUAGUCACGGGUCCCGUACAUAAAAAAUCCGAGUCUGCUAUUCAAUGUAAAAUUACAGUUGAAACGCAAUUAAAAAAGUUUUGGGAAAUAGAGGAGGGUUCCGCACCAAAUUUACCUUAUGAUGAAAAACAAUGUGAGGAUAUAUUUCUGAAAACUCACACUCACAACUCUGAAGGUAAUUUUGAAAUUGAACUUCCAUUAAAGCAACCACCUACCAAACUAGGUCGAUCUAGGCACAUAGCAUAUCGGAGGUUCAAAACUUUAGAAACCAAGUUCGAGCGGAACCCCGAAUUUAAAGAUAAAUAUGUGAAUUUCAUGCGCGAGUUCGAACAAGCUGGCCAUAUGAUUAAAUUACGAGAUAAUUAUGAUGGCCCAUGUAAUUUUCUACCCCACCAAGCGAUUUUUCGCGACUCCCCCUCUACCCCUAUUCGCAUUGUUUUUGACUGCUCAUGCCGCACCGAUAACGGCGUUUCUUUGAAUGAUAUCCAGUACAAAGGCUCAAUAAAACAGGACGAACUCAUAAAUAUACUUCUACGGUUCCGAAAGUACCAAUAUGUUAUUAAUGCCGACAUACAAAAAAUGUACAGAUGUAUUUAUGUGAAACCAAAUCAACAAUACCUACAAUGCAUAUUUUGGCGGGAAAAUACUCACCAACGACUCCAAAUUUAUAUGCUGACCACAUUAAGUUUCGGCUUAAAGUCAGCACCACAUAUAGCAACCAGAUGUUUGUUACAAUUGUCAAACGAGAACCAACACACGUUUCCAGCAGCUGCAGAGGCCAUAGCGAACCAGUUCUACAUGGACGAUUUUAUCGCCGGCGGCGACGACGAGAAUCAGGUAGCUGAAACUGCAACACAGGUGAACGAGAUCCUGCAGGGCGCCAACUUCACGCUGCGGAAAUGGAAGUCCAACUCCGAAGCUGUCAUAAAUCGGGUGAGCGGAACACACACACACCAAAACACAUCUGCAAUCGAAUUUGGAGAUAAAACACAUAAGGUUCUAGGCUUAGCGUGGUCUAGUGACACAGAUAAGCUUAUGUAUACUAUUAAAGAAAACCAAAUUUCACACCCAAUCACCAAAAGAAAGGUACUAGGGGUAAUUUCGUCCAUUUUCGACCCCCUAGGCUUGACGGGACCAGUAAUUGUAGUAGCCAAAAUAUUUAUCCAAAAAUUAUUUAAGGCUCAAUUAGAUUGGGAUACCGAAUUAACACAAGACUUGAUUCAAGAAUGGAACACAUUCUAUCGAGACUUGUUUUUAUUAAACCAAUUGAAAAUUUCGAGAUGUACAGUCAUACCUAAUUAUGUAACGAUACAAAUUCAUGGGUUCUGUGAUAGUAGUAUUAAAGCGUAUGGCGCUGCUAUAUAUAUACGGUCGAGCGAUAGGGUAGGAAACAUUCAAGUUCACCUACUUUACUCAAAAUCCAAAAUUGCCCCAAUUACGUCCCAGACUAUUCCAAAUUUGGAACUUUGUUCAAGUCUACUACUCGCGACACAUGUAGACAAAGUAAAACGAGCGUUAAAAUGUGACAUUUCCAGAAUCAACCUGUGGUCAGAUUCAAAAAUAACAUUAUGUUGGAUUAAAAAUAGUAACCUUAAAUUAACUUGUUUUGUUAGUAACAGAGUCACAAAAAUAUUGUCACUUACAAACAAGCACGACUGGUCCUGGGUCCGCUCGGAGGAUAACCCCGCCGACCUUUUGUCCCGAGGAGUAGCACCAGGCAAGCUGGAAAACAACCAGUUAUGGUGGUCCGGGCCGGCGUGGUUAACUCAAAGUUCGGACACAUGGCCGACCCAGGAUUCUGAGUCACUGGAUCAUGCACCCGAAGCCAAGAGCGACGUUGAUGUAACACUCACCUUGGCUAUUAACACAAAAUCUAACGAUACGAUACAAUAUCUUUUCCACAGGUGGUCAAGCGAUAAAACACUUAUUCAUGUAUUAGCAUACAUACUUCGAUUUAUAUAUAACACAAAAAAUAAAACACGCACAAUUAAUCCAAAUAGAAAGUUAACAGGACCAUUGUCCGUAGACGAGUUAAAAAAAUCGGAUCACACAUUAAUUAGACAUGCACAAAUGCAAUCAUUCCCACACGAAUAUAAAUUGUUGCAAAACAACAAACCGGUUCUUAACAAAUCAAAAAUAUUAUCUUUACACCCAUUCAUGAAGGACGGACUCAUUCGCGUAGGCGGACGAAUCGCUCUUUCACAUUAUGCAUAUGAAAAAAAAUGGCCUUUAAUAUUAAGUCACGAACACACGCUUACCAAACUACUGAUGGCAAACGCACACAUACGUACUUUGCACGCUGGCCCUCAGUUAUUACUCUCAACUAUUCGCGAGCGCAUCUGGCCAACAAAGGGUAGAAUGUUAGCCUCGAAAAUUGUAAAUAAAUGCGUUCCGUGUUUUAGAGCAAAUCCAAAGACUACUAACCCUAUAAUGGGAAACUUACCCCCCUCGAGGGUAAACCCGUCUCCCCCAUUUGCUAUCACUGGUAUAGAUUAUGGAGGACCUUAUAACAUUAGAGAUAGGACAGGACGUGGUUACAAGGUCUAUAAGUGCUAUAUAGCAGUAUUUAUUUGUUUUGCAACAAAGGCAAUUCAUCUCGAAUUAAUUACAGGGCUCGAGUCGGCUAAUUUCCUGGCGGCGCUGCGACGUUUCAUAGCCAGGAGAGGACUUCUGGCGGCGCUGGUCACGUGACUACAUCGGAACGCUGCAGGAACGCACGAAAUGGAGGAGCGCGCGCGGCCCAAGCCUCGCAGCCGGCACCGUCGUCCUGGUACGAGAGGAACGCCUGCCCCCCUGCCGGUGGAGGCUGGGCAAGAUCGUCGCGACGCAGCCGGGGCGGGAUGGCGUCACCAGGGUAGCCAUCAUCCGAACCACCAGAGGAGACAUCCAACGCGCGUUCAAUAACAUUUGUCCAUUACCUACUUCGGGUCAAGUUAUAUAAAUAGUAAAUACCUACCAACCUAAUGUAACAUUCAAACAAUUAUAAUUAAGUACCUAAUAAGUAUGAUUAAGUACCUUAAAUACCUUACUUACCUAAUACCUAUGUAUAGAAUUAGAAUACCUACUCCCUAUUUAAAAUAAAAAACAUGUC